CGAACCGCCAACCUAUACUACACGAUACCAAAAAACACUCCAUCGGAUUUCUAACUCCACCACUUUUGCUUCAAGGCCCCGAAACGCAGCCUUGUGGGUCGCGUGCUUAUCGCCAAGCGUCCUUGUCCCAAUCGCAAGCCCGGAAGUGGGGCAUUCACUGUGCGACCUGUCGUCAUAUACGCAGGCCAAUAUUUCGAGGCUUCUCUUGCUUUCUCUGGCGGGCUGGACACCGCAAACCCCUGGACCGGAUCCGAUAUCAGGCCUUUGCCCACGCUUCGCUCUGUAAAUCGACGCCGCUACAGGGUCGUCCACAAUGUCUUGGGAGUUGAACCGCCGGCGCUGGCUCCGGGCGAUCAACAGCAGAUACAUCUAUGGCCGAAUUCCGCUGCUGCAUGCGAUCAUCUUCUUCAUCGAGAUGGCUCUCCUCGCCCGGCUGACCAGUCGGUUCAACGCGUACUUCGAUGAACGACCUCUACUUACCACGAUGGUCACAAACUCGAUCCUCGGCGGCGUCGCCGACACGGUCGCGCAGACCAUCACAGCGAUCCGGCAGCGGGCGCUUCGGAAACACCCUAACGGCAAGCUCGACCCGCGCGAAGACGCGCUCGCCAUCGAGAUCCACGAGCUGGACCGCAAGAACCCGUUCAGCAACCGCGAGCUGAUCCCGGAAUCCAAGGCACUGCCGCCGCCCUUCGACUUCGAGCGGCUGACGCGCUUCAUGGCCUACGGCUUCUGCAUGGCGCCGAUCCAGUUCCGCUGGUUCAAGUUCCUGGAGCGGUCCUUCCCCAUCACCAAGUCGGCCGCCUUACUGCCGGCCAUCAAGCGCGUGGCCUUUGACCAGCUCAUCUUCGCGCCGUUCGGCGUCGCCUGCUUCUUCACGGCCAUGACGAUCGCCGAGGGCGGCGGGCGCCGCGCCGUCUACCACAAGCUGCGCGACAUGUACGUGCCGACGCUCAAGGCCAACUACGUGCUCUGGCCGGCGGUGCAGAUCGUCAAUUUCCGGCUUAUGCCCGUGCAGUUUCAGCUGCCCUUUGUCUCGACGGUUGGCAUCGCCUGGACCGCUUACUUGUCACUGACGAAUGCUGCUGGCGACGUCGAAGAGAGCCGCUAUAUCACCAGCCGGUCUGAUAUCCGACUCCCUUAAGUCGUCUGCUGGUCGUUUUUUUUGCGGCGAAGGAAGAGCGGCUUGGACAAGGAUUUGCUGUUAAACGGGCGGCGUAAGCCGAAGUGUUCGAUAUACAAGAUGGGC